AUUUGGAAGGGGAAAAAAACGAAAAACAAAGAAUUUGUGUUGUUCAAUGGCGUCCGCAGAUGUGGGCGGGGUCCUGACUGGCGUUUUCUUAGUAGUCCAUUAAAAUGCCCGAACUCAAAACACUUCUUUUUCCAAGAUGGCGUCGAUGAAGGACAGCGACACUGGCCUGUGGCUUCACAACAAACUGGGCUCCACGGACGAGCUGUGGACGCCGCCGAGCAUCGCGUCGCUCCUCACCGUGUCCGUCAUCGACAACAUACGCCUGUGCUUCUCGAGCUUGUCGCCGCCUGUCAAGCUCAAGUUGCUCCUGGGGAUGCUGCAUCUCCCCCGGCGGACCGUGGACGAGAUGAAGGAGGCCCUCUCGGAGAUAAUCCAGCUGGCCACGGUGGACUCCGAGCCUUGGGUGCUGAUGGUGGCAGACAUCCUCAAGUCUUUCCCAGAGACGGGGUCCCUCAAUCUCGACUUGGAGGAACAGAACCCAAACGUGCAGGACAUCCUCGGCGAGCUCAGGGAGAAAGUCGGAGAGUGCGAGGCGUCGGCUAUGCUUCCUCUGGAGUGCCAGUACCUUAACAAGAGCGCGUUAACCACACUUGUGGGACCCCUCACGCCCCCUGUGAAACAUUUCCAGCUGAAGAGGAAGCCCAAGAGUGCCACCCUCAGAGCUGAGUUGCUGCAGAAAUCCACAGAGACUGCACAGCAACUGAAGAAGACUGCCGGAGUGCCUUUUCACGCCAAAGGGAGAGGUUUAGUCAAAAAGAUUGACACAACCACGCCUCUCAAAGGGAUUCCCAAGGCUCCGUUUCGCAGCCCCACAGCUCCAAGUAUGUUCAGCCCCCCCAGCAACCGAACACCCAUCGCCCCGGCACGCACGCCCCUCCGCAAGGAGCGUGGGGUCAAGCUGUUGGAUAUCAAGGAGCUGAACAUGGUUGGAGCCGGGAGAGAAGCAAAAAGGCGGCGAAAAACUUUGGACACGGACGUGGAUGAGAAAGCAGCCAAAGAAGAAGCAGUGGUGGAAAACACCACACCGGAUUAUGCCGCGGGCCUCGUGUCUGCACAGAAACUCGGGGCGCUGAACGAGAACCCGCUGCCGUCAACCAGCUACCUACCGGCAACGCCCAGCAUGGUUCCUUCCUCCUCGUACAUUCCCAGCUCCGAGGCUCAGCCAGCGAACGCGGGCGGGUCCGGCUGGGACACGUUGCAGUCGGCUCGCCAACCGGAGGAGUCGGCGACGGCGGGCGCGGGUGCCGCCGCCACCGCGCUCCCGGGCCAGUACAAGCAGAGGACGCCGAUGUACAACGCGAGCACCACGGUGAACCCGGCGACCCCUACGUCGCCCAGCACGCCCGCCUCCACUCCCGCCAGCAACGGGCCGCAGGCGGCCGCCACCGCUGGCCAGCCCGAGACGCCCGCUCAGCCCCCCAGCGCGCCUCAGACCCCGACGCCCGCGCCGGCGCCCACGCCGCCACAACCUCAGCCCAAAAAGAAUCUCUCGCUGACGAGGGACCAGAUGUACGCAGCUCAGGAGAUGUUCAAGACCGCCAACAAGGUCACCAGGCCGGAGAAGGCCCUCAUCUUGGGCUUUAUGGCCGGAUACAGAGAGAACCCGUGCCCAGAGCAGGGUGACAUCAUCCAGAUCAAGCUGAGCGAGCACACGGAGGUGCUGCCCAAAGCGGACGGCACCGGCAGCACCACCAUGCUGGUGGACACGGUCUUCGAAAUGAACUACUCGACGGGUCAGUGGACUCGCCUGAAAAAGUACAAGCCCAUCACCAACACCUCCUGAGGGGCGCACGCAACCGGCGGACUCGACUCGCUGAUCGCCCGUGAGUUCAACGUCGGGGCCAAAACGAGGACCCGGGAGGGGGGGGGGGGCCGACGAAAGGAGAGAAGGUUCUUCCUCCUCCUGCACAGGAUCGAUAUUUUCAUUCAUUCUGCUCCCCUUUCUCAUUUAGCUCUGGCGUCUGUGCGAUUGUUCCACAAAACAGUCAAAGGUUGACGAUACACUGUGGGGUUGUUAUUAUUAUUAUUAUUUUAAUUUCUUUGGGUCACCUUUUUUUCCUCCCAGGCAAUUUGAAAGAAAAUAAAGCAACAUCAGACUGUUAACCCCUUUUUGUGAAUGAAUUCAAAGCAUGACCACGACUCUGUUGGGGUCCAGGACCAACGUCUUUUUAUUUCUAGAAUUUGUAGUGUUGACAGUUGAUUACCGUUGGAACAAAUGUUUUUAAAAGGCAAUGAUUCCCAACCAACAUCAAAUAAUCACGUCUGACUCGGUUGAUCGAAGAAUUAUUUACGGCAAAAAUGUAUCUCCGUCUAUUGAAGCAAACAAUUAAAGAGAGCGUUAUAAUUUCA